AUGAGAAGUUGUUGUGCUACAGACAUUACCUGUCAGGAGGUGUCUCCGAUGUUGUCAGUAUUAACUGGGAUGACCUUUGACGUUACUACAACGGGUGAGAGACAUUGCGAAUCGCUUGAGACCCAGCGCGUGGUAUGGGACCGCCGGGAGGAUGUUGUCACUCCUUCGCCGAUGCCGGGUUAUGUCAGACUGGGAUUUGGUGGUGAAGAUCGUAUGACUCCUCGAUUGUUUCUGACUAUCGCCUUGCAGGCGGUGGACAAGCUGAUGGAGAGCGAAGGUACGUUGUUCAGUGCUGAGCAGAUCCAGUUGGUGGGUGACGCUGUCCGUCCGACCGUGGGACUGGACAUGGGUGGUUGUUUUUACAAGUACGCUAAGAGGGCUGGUGACGAAGCGGAGCGCAUUCGCAUGGCACAAGAUGUCUUGGUAAAGUUGGCCGAGGCUGGUAAGUUGACAACGGGGGAUUCGGUGGCAACGGGGGAUUCGGUGGCAACGGGGGAUUCGGUGGCAACGGGGGAUUCGGUGACCACAGAGGUGUUGGCGUCGUUGAAGACCCCGAUGAAGAGCAUGGGUCUGUUGCAUGGAGCGUUGUUGAAGACCUACAGGAGGCUAGAGCCCUCUGGAGACUACACAUCAUUCUCAUGGAAGGGCAUCUGUCGGCCGCUGCUUGGUAUGAGGCGUAAUUAUGUAGAAGCGUUGGUUAGCUCGACAUCGGGGUGCACGCGCUGCGGACCGGGGAGGGUAAUAAGCCUGCCAGCGCCGGGCAGGGUGAUCACGAAUAUACUGCAGAGACAGAGCCACGACAGGGAAAGAAGAAAAGUCCUGGUUCCGGAUGAUCACCGGCUGCCAGUCAGUGAGUGGGCCCAACCAAUCCCGACAGAUAACCUCAUUUACGGCCCGUGGCCAGCGUGGACAUCCGUACAGAAAACCUGGGAACUAGAGGUGGAACGCAGUGAGUGGGCCGUGACACAAGCUGCCCGUAAGCAAGGUGUCCAGGUAACGACGAUCCCCUGGCGUCACACCUGGAUGCCCUCCUGCGAGAUCAUGUCGGAUGAAAAGAACACCGCUGAGAAGAACACCGCUGAGAAGAACACCGCUGUCCUCGUAAAGAAUGAGAUGGACCACCGCCUCAAGUUCUGGCGCGUCGCCAACCUUGGCGAUCUCGUCAAGUCCUACCGGCUCACAGACGAAGUCGUCAACCAUCUCGAAUCAACCGCCGCAACGCUUGUUAAGAGAGCCCGCCAGGACUCGGGUAAAAAAGACUGGUACAUCGGCAGCUACGCCCAGACCUAUUUAGUGCUCGACCAUCAUGUCGAUGGCAAGCACACCAAUCUGAGUCUCGCCAUUGUCCCUCAUUGCCUCACCGCCGAAAAUAAAUACGAAGCGGAACACAAACAACGACAAUUCUGGGAGCAGGUGCGCAUAGAUGCGGGUUGCGCCGACAAAACAACUAACUGA